UGUCAAACGUCAAAACUAAAAUCGAUUUUCUUGCGUUCUAAAGCUAGUUCAAUCAAUCAAAUCAAAUUUAAUGACAAAUCCUCAAUCCCACAAAAUUUCAUGCUUAUUUUAGCAUAACUGUCGCAAAAGAAAAAAUAAAUUGGAUUUGCUUUAAUUUCAAAAAACUUUAAUAAUUAAGAAAUAAUCUACAAUGUACACUUUUAAAUGAUUUAAAAUCCACAUUUUGUAUAAUUUUUGAAAAUUAUCCGGCUACUAUUUUCCAAAAAAGAAGCUGCCUUGUGUAUGUAGAAAGGAAAUUAAGGUACAAAUUUAGGGAUGCCUUAUCAAAGAAGAAUAAGUCAAUAUUUAAUCAAUAAUUUGUAAGCUAUCUUAUCGUAAAAUUAAACCAGGAUUCCAUAAGUAUUUGUACUCUAUUCAAGAUCCAUUGCAGCAUCUUUCGGAAGCCUGAAACGAUGUUACCUGUAAUUAUGAUUGACUAUGAAAUAUAAAAAAAAAAGAAUAAAUGAUACGAGAAUUUUACGACAGUUCUGAGGAUGAUGAAAUGGAAAGCAAGUAUCAGAUAGAUUCCGAAUGUCAGGUUUUAACAAGACCUGACAAGGAUAUGCAUAAUCGUUGUUGUGGUGGUAAAGCUUGGUGCAUCAAGGAUAUUUGUGGUAUAAUAUGUGCUGUCUUGACAUGGCUCUUAAUUUUAUAUGCAGAAUUUGUUGUUAUGAUGGUAAUGUUACUCCCGAGCAUAUCUACAUAUCCAAUAUACAGUUACGUUAACAUAUUUAUAUUCCAAAGUCUAGCAUUCCUCGCAUUUGCCUCACAUCUUAGGACUAUGUUUACAGAUCCGGGUGCCGUACCCAAAGGUAAUGCAACUAAGGAAAUGAUUAAACAAAUGAGUUUUCGAGAAGGGCAAGUAAUAUUUAAGUGCACGAAGUGUUGCAGUAUUAAGCCUGAACGUGCUCAUCACUGCUCAGUGUGUCAGCGUUGUAUAAGAAAAAUGGAUCAUCAUUGUCCGUGGGUUAAUAAUUGUGUAGGAGAAAAUAAUCAGAAAUAUUUCGUUUUGUUCACGUUCUACAUUGCAGCAAUAUCAAUUCACGCCGUGUGCUUGUCUGUUUACCAGUUUAUAACGUGCAUAAGACACGAAUGGCGUGAAUGUAGCACAUACUCGCCUCCGGCCACUGUUGUCUUACUUUUGUUCUUAAUUGCUGAAGCUUUGCUGUUCGCAAUAUUCACUGCCGUUAUGCUCGGAACACAGUUACAUGCUAUAUGGAAUGAUGAAACAGGCAUUGAACAAUUGAAAAAGGAACAGGCUCGAUGGGUCCGAAAAUCUCGUUGGAAGAGCAUUCAAUCCGUAUUCGGCCGAUUUUCCCUACUAUGGUUUUCACCUUUCACUCAGCCUUCGCCGAAAACGAAAUUAGAAAGUUACCUUUACAGCGUGUAAAACAGUGUGCUGGGCGUUUGAGUGGACCGAUAACAAUUUGCUUCGCAACUAUAUUUCGUUGUUGGCAAAUUUGCGAAAUUUCAAUAUAUCUAUGUUCGUUCGGCUCAACCAUAUAGUAAGUUUCGCGCCUAUUCUAAUUAAAAAUCAGUAAUAUAAGUUUGAUUAUUUAUUUACAAAAUGAAAAUGAUAUUGGGUCGCGAAAACUGAUUUACAUACUUAUUAAAUUGUAAUGAAUCAAUCAAUGGUUCUGAUUACAAUCAAUUCUCUUUGGAAAUGUAGUGGUAUUGGUUAUUUCUUUUACUGAACUAAAUAUAGCAUUGUUGUUACACGUGUACCCUGCGUACACAAAUCAAACACAUAUUCAGAAAGCGGCGGUUUUUUUCGGUCCAGAUUUUUUUUCGGGAAAAGCUUUGAUAAAAAAUACACUUAGGUACAAAAAAACUAUCUGUGCAAAAUCGCAACAGAAUAUAUCAUGAAGCAAUAUUUUUAUUUCUAUAUUUGAUUACAAAUAAGUAUGUGUUGUUGCUUUGUAAGAGUUCACUGCUAUAAAUAUAAUUUUAAAUGUUCGUGACUGAUAAUGUGUAUAUGAUGUAGUGCAUAGAUUUAGGGAAGCUUAUAUUCGCAUUUAUUACUUUAUUUUUAUAUCGUUCACAAAAAAAUUAAUUGAUAUCUUAGUUACUAGCGAAAGAUUUGCGUAGUAUUUUAGUCAUAUUUACCUGUUUAGUCGUUUGCAAUUUCCACGAUCUUUUUUAACUGCCUACUACAAACAAAUUUACUAUUUAAACAUCAACCAUGUUCCGUUCGUUUAUUGUUCUUGUAUUUUGGCUAUGCGCGAUAUAAUGUGUUUUUCAUCAAGACUCCCAAGUUGAACGGUGUCUUGAAUUGUGACAAUCACAUUAAUUUCUCGUCAGAGUUUGUGUGAUCAAAUUAUUACCUAUUAAUCGGAAACUUUUAUAGGCUUUUUGUUUUGAUUCUCUGCGGAAAUUAGUUCUGAGUUACUUCAACCCUUAUCAUCGAAAGUAGUUAAGGUACCAGAUAAGCUUGUAAGCAAGGUACCUUCACAAUCAAGCUGAAGCUUUAUUUUCGUCCUUUUCUAACCGUUUUCCUUUCUCCUUUUCCCCCCUAUCCUCUUUCCCCUUUUCCAGUUUUCAUAUCCAUUUUUCUCUUUCAAUUUAGAACGUCUUCAAUGCUGCCACCCAAAUUUCUUAGAUAUAGAUACGUGCUCCAUAAACUGUGUUUCCGUGUAGCCAAAUUUACUCGAACAGUUAAAAAAAGUAAACCAAAUUCGAAGGUCAAGCUUAUUAUUAAUAACAACAAAAGAUCACGUACAUCGGGCUCGGGCUAAAUACGUAAAUAUAAUUAAUAGAAAAUGACAAUAUUAGCUUAACAUUUGAUGAUAUUAAUUGAUUGGCACAAAUCAUUUUGCCUUAAUUUAAUGUUUGAUGUAUUUACUUUUUAGAUGUAGUUUGGGUGAAACUAUGAAUCUUUGAUGUUAAACUACAUUGAAAUAAUGAUUGAAUAGAUCUCUAAUAGCGUCGCUAUUCCGGAUUUGACAUUAAAAAAUCUAUAAUAAGAAUUGAAAUCACAAAAUAUAUUUAAUAUAAGGAUAUAUUUAAUUAGUUAGUAGUGCUUAAAGGUAAUGUUUAAUAUUUAACAAAAAUGAAAACUUUGCUUUCAAAUGGGUGUUAAAAAUAUAUUUAGUUUGUGUAUUUUUUUUUCAUGUUAAGUUAAAAAUUACGAGACAGUCGACGCCAUUGAAUCAUAAUAAUGUUGAUUUUCGUGAUGUACUACCAUGAUGUCAAGAAAGUACCGGGAAACGUUCAGUAAUACAUAAAAUGUCAGUUAUUCAUGCAAAAAUUUAUUUGAUCAAAGUGUGGCUCCUUCAGUAUCAAUAUGCUUAAGCCAAUGAAUAAUCACAUCAAUGAAAUCAAAAUCAAAUCAUUUUUUUUGGAAUUGAGUGCAGUUUUUGCAGCGAUUUUUCCUUUAUGUCUUCUACCAACUGAAAACGAUGCCGCAGUGGUAAUUUAAGUUUAGGAAAGAGAAAGAAGUCGGCUGGAGUCAUAUGUGGUGAAUAAGGCGGUUGCUCGAUGGUAUUUGUUGAGUUUUUGGUUAAAAAAAACCGUCCACAUUAUGGUUUCGUGCGAAGGGCCAUCCAUGAUCGUCGUGAAAAAUCCAAGAAUUUUCUUUUUCACAAAUUUAGCUUUUUUGCGUACAGUUUGUUCUCUUAAUCUCCGCAUAACGCACAAAUAAUAUUCGAUAAUUUUCGACCUUCCGGCAAGAAUUUACAGAGCCCUACACCGCAAUAGUCAAAGAAAAUAGUCAACGUGACUUUGACUUUUGUUCGACUUUGGCGUGGAUUUUUCGGUUUUAAUUCAAUUUACUGACUUCAAGGCAGGAGGACUGUUCUCAAUUCGAAAUAUUUUUAUUUCGAACAUAAUGUUCAUGAUUAUACCGGAAUUAUUGGAGCGAUUUUUCAGCUUACUUCAUUGAAGUAUUUCACAAACGCCCUGUAUGUUUUACACAUACUGUAUAAGCGUUUUUGUUAUGAGAUAAGUGUUAAACGUAAUUAUUUUGGUUAUGUAUUUCUACAAAAUUUCAACGUAAUGGCCUCGAUCGAUCGUUUCUAUUUUUAUAGAGUUCACCUUGAAACAGAUUAUUUAUUUUUAAAUAUAUAAUGAUGUCAAAGAAGAUCGGUCAUUGAAGAAUAUAAAUAAUAUUUGAUUCUUUAGUGCUUGCAUAUUUCGUGUAUGUAUUUAUUUAAUUUUCAACUGUAUUCAGGUAAUUUAAUUUCAAUCUAUAUGUGUAUAUUGAUCAUAAGUUAAGUUAAUAUCUUUCGUUCAAUUUUUCUUUCGUAAUGCACACUAUAUUAUGUUAUUAGAAUGCUUUUGACUUUUUGUUGUACGUUUUGUGUAUAUUAAUGAAAAUAGUUUUGGACAAAGAGUCUUGGGAUCAAUAAAUAAUUAUUUUAUAUGCAUAUAUUUGAAUAUUAUAACUUGAAUGGACAUUUAAAUGUCUACAUAUAAAAUAGAUAAUACUGUCUGAGUCAAAGGGACUAAUUAUAUUAUCAUCAGAAGAGUGCAACUAAGGAAUUUGAAAGAAAUCGUUGUGAUUAAAUUAACAUGAAAGUACACAAUAAAUCAACGAAAUACAUUUAGGUAUAUAGUUUAUGUAUAUUUAUGGAAAUUAUAGCUGUUAUUAUUUUUAAUGCAGUAUUUAUUUGUUGGCGUGAAUAGUUUUGUUUGAUAAAAAAAUAUUGCUAGAGUAGAAAAUAGCAUUGAAUAUAAGGUAAAAAAUGGUUUUGGAUAAGAUUCUAUUUCCUUCGUCUUUUUUUGCAUAGACAACAUAAUCGAUUUCUAAAAUAUGUGUACAAUAUAUUAAGGUAUCAUUAUCACCAAUAAAUUAUUAAGUUUUUUGACUCUAAUUAAUGUUUUCGCUAUCAUGAUUAAAAUUUGUUUGUUGUAGUCACGAUUAGUCUCAGUAGUUGAGUCGAAUAGCAAUUGACCGGAAUCGAUAUUUUAAAUUUUUCUAUCUUCACUAGCUACUGUAAGAUGCUCUAGAUGUUUUAUUAAUUUUUUAGUAUUAAAACCAUACUGAGCACUCGCAUAUCAUACAAAUAAUUAAUAUUAUUUAUUGUUAAUUAUAUUCCACUAAUUAAAUAAAUGUAAUGGGAGUAGGGUUAACUUAAAAUACACUCAUAAACGAUUGCUCGAUUACUUGGCUAUGAAAAAAAAUAAUCGUUUUUAUGCAAAUAUUAAGUGUUUAAUAAAUCGAUUUGUGAAAAGAUUCAUAAGGGCAAUUUUAAAACGAAAACUCAUUAACAUGUGGAAUGAUUUGUGGUAGUUAUUUAAUUUUGUAGCGAAUUUAUAAAAAAAAAUUUAGAUUAACUGGAGUUUCGACGGAAUAAUCUAAAAAUGUUUAUUAUUCGAACAAACAAUAUGCCGGCGACAAAAUUUAAUAAAAAAAUAUAUUGAAAUGAAUACACAGUACAAUAUAACAUGCAAACGAUGUCACAAGUACAUUUAUGUAAAUGUCACAAUAUAUUUAACUUCGUAAUUUUGGGUCAUUCUUUAAUAUGAGAUUUGAAAUACCCACUAAAUUUUGUUCGUAGAAAUUACUUUUUAAUAUACACGGUCAUAUACAUAUCGACUCUUGAAAGGCAAACGUGACUAAGAGACAAUAACUGCUUUAUACAUAAAUGAUAGGCAAUAACCAUAUUCGAUUCGCAAAAAAAAAAUAUUUUUAGGUCUAUUAAAAUCAUUUUAAUCCUACAGCUAGAUUCGUUAAAAUAGAUUUUUUUUUAGGUAUUUCAACUUUAAAUUAGUCUACUGUAAAGUUCACGCAUUGUCGUUUAGUCACGUUUGCCUUUCAAGCGUCGAUAUGUAAUGUUGCAAGAUUAUUAACUGUUUAAUGUACAAAUAAGGAUAACACCAAUUGUGUUGAAAGAUGAAGAUGUCUGUAUUCUGACAACUAUUUUAGUAUUUCGCUUCACAAUGUGCCUCUACGAGAACAACAACAUGCUAUAUAAGCUAUAAGAGAAAAUUUAUCUAUACAAUUAGAUUGUUGGUUUUUUGAGUGUAACAUUAAAGUGCAAUUUAGUAUUAAAUAAUAAUGUUUAAAGCCUCGAGCUGUUAACGUAAAUCGUUUACUAGCCGUUUAUAUUCUACAAAAGUAUUAAAAUAUUACAAAUUAAAUUAAAAUAUAUAAAUAUAUAUUUUUUCUGAAGCCGGUGUAUGCGCGAAUUGUUAAAAAUUUUGAUAUGCGGUUAAACUGAUGUACUGUAUUACGUAUUGCCUGACAUUAGUUCAAAACAUGUUGAAAUUGUAUUAGAAGUUGAUGAAAAUUUAUUAAAUAAAAAUAUAUAUAUUAUGCGUAGAAUUCACGAAUUACAACGAAUAAUGCGAUGUGACGGUUAAUAGGAAAUAAAGAAAAAUGUUAAAGAUGUUACUCGUUUAUCAGUAAUGGUUUACGUUUUUAAUAAAUAAACUUUAAGUAUUAGGCCAGUUACCAACAUAAUAUUAAACUAUUAAGAACAUGAUAUGUUCUCUUAGGAUUUCACAUUCCCUAUUGCUGGCAUAAAAUAAUGUUAAUAUUAUAAGAUUGUAAUUAACAACGUGCACCCGACCACGCUGAUGGUUUUUAUAUAAAUAAAUAUAGCCAUCAGUAGUUCAUAUUCCUACACAAUUCCAACACUAAUUGGGGAACACGCAUAAAAUUUUAUUACUCAGAUUGAAGUAAUCCAAAAAAAAUAUGAGUAUGGACUUUGAACAUCGCCCUAUCGAGAUCGGCCUAUCCGCCCAGAACGUCACAUGGAAAUGUCGGAAUCAUAUGUGUAAACAACACAAUGAACGAAGUGUUUAUGUUUUAGAUGUUACCAUUCAUAAAAAAAGGCCCGUUGCUAUCGUGUUGCCAGUUCAUAUUCUUGUACACGGGUUCAUUUAUUUUCAAAUUGUUUUUGUAAUAAAUUUUUUAUUCGAUUCCUGCUAAAUAUUAUUUUAUUUAUCGUUUGUAUUUAUUUUUGGGAAAUAAAAAUCCCUCUGAUAUUUAUACGGUAAUGAUUAGAUUAGAGGCAUCGUUAAGGUUCGGUUUAUUCAAGUGUCAUACUGAAUCGUUGAAUUUAUAUAAAACUUGACAAGUUACAAGACUUCGCGACUUUCUGUUAUUGUCUGUACAACAUAUAAAAGUUAUUGCCAUCCCCAUUACGUCCACCACAGAUAAACUACUCGAGUUCAAAUUGUGUUAGGAUCUCGUUGUCGGGUGCAUAGAAUAAUUAAAAAGGACCUAAAAACAAACUAAUUAGGAAAAAUGUGUAGCUAAAAUAUAUAUAAUAGUCGAAUUUAAAAUAAAUAGUUUAUUUUUAAUUAAAAUUAGAUACUUCCUUUGGAUGUAGGAACAAAGCUAUGGCGCUCCGAUUGAUAUUGUUAUACCAAAUAAAGCAAAAUAACGGCAUUGAAUAAUUUACAAUUAACUUAUGCAUCUUUAUCAUGAUGUAUUUAUAUAAUAAAAAACACUUAUUGGUAUAUGUACGUUUCACAUAACAAUGUUCUAUUAAUUAUCUUCGAUUCUCUAUUUGUGACUACUUUAGAAAAUAUGUUGAAUAUCACUAUUUUAUUGUUUUGUACAUAACCGUAGAAAUAGCUAAUGUUUGAUUUAAAGAAAAAUUUAUACAAUGACAAAUUAAACCACUGAAAUUGGAACUAAACAAACUUCUUAUGUAUGUUUGUGUAAAAGUAAGGAAUGUAAUCAUAAGGUAAUUUAAAAACAAAGUAUUAUUGAAUUUGGAAUAAAAAUACCGUUGGUAAAUUUGUAUUCACAAUUUUUUACAUGUAUGAGUAUGUAUGAGAGUGAUAUGGGAAGAUUGUUUAGGUUCGAUUAAUAGAUGCUGUAUUCACCAGUAUUUCUUUUUUAAAUGUCACUGUAGAACAACGUCCGAAUGCAAUUGUAGGGAUUGAUCAUAGAGUUUACAUGUGAAGGGUAGCGUCUAAUAAUUUAAUUAGGUAGUAAUUAUAUUUUCAAUUAGUUGUUUGUGUAGCUUCAGUUGAACAGGUAGAGCAUACUCGAUUUGUAAUAGUUUUCGCCCAAAAUUGCCCGAAUAUAGUUUAGCAUACAUUGUAUUUCUUAACGAAACGGCAACUACCGUUAUUAUAACUUCUAAAUAUACCUAUUCUUCCAUGUUAACUCACUCGAAUAAUGAAACGUUUCAAGCAAACUAACACGUCCCAGUGUCUAUUGCUUUUGAUAUUAUAUUAGUUUGUAACUUUGUAAUAAAUCGUUUUUUUUUUACAAAUCUUAUUUAAUUAUUUUUGUUAUUUAUUAAAAGACAAAAUCACAAAUUGUGAGACCUGGUGUUUUUCCAGGACUAAGUGAGUUUCCUGUGUAAAAAUGUACCUACUUUUUGCCAUUUAGCGUUUUUAACUAGUAGGUAAACGUAAGUUGUGAAGAUAUUUUUAAAUAAAUACAACAUACGGCA